GAGUACGUUUUCCUCUAUGCUUUCCCAGGAGGAAGCAGACAGAUUGAAAGCAAAGCAGGCUAUUGGAGAUGAUUCUUCCAAAGAGCGCGGAUCCAGAACUGCAGCAAGAUAUGCCGUCCAAGAUGUGAAUGCUAGAAAGAGGGGUGAAGAAGAUAACACAGAUAGACAUUUAGCCAGAAGCAUAAUGCAGAACAAACGGUACAGUGUAUCCGGUCAGGCUGAUGAUGAGUAUGACUAUGGAGAGGCUCCAAGUAAAAAAUCCAGAAAGAGGGGCUCAUCCAGUCAUGAUCACAGUAACAUCUCUGAAAGGGAUAAUCGCGUAAAACGCAUCUUGACCCAGCAAGAGCGUUGCCGCUUCCGUUGUGCCAGGCCACUGCUGUGUCUUGCCAAUGCAGCACGAAGCAGCCACGAGGACGGUGGACGACAAUGUUUGGGAAGAGAUCCGAUGUUUGCAAAACAAGGGAAAGAGGUUGUGUUUCUGGAGACAGUGAUGGGUUUAUCGCAGCAACGCCGGCAUUGUAUGAUUGAGUGUAUACCGUUGCCUCAGGAUAUCGCAAAGGAAGCGCCUCUUUAUUUCAAGAAGGCCAUUGAUGAGGCUGAGGACGAGUGGAGUCAGCACAACGCGAAGAAGCUAAUCGACACAAGUGUGAAGGGUCUCCGGAACUCGAUUCCAAAGGAUUUCCCGUACUUCCACGUGGAGUUUGGCCUAAACAGAGGGUUUGUCCACGUGAUCGAUGAUGAGAAACAGUUCAACGGGAAUCUCGGAAUGAACGUCAUAAGAGGGAUGCUUCAGUUGCCGGAGGAAGAUAUGUACAGACCGAGAAGGUAUGAGACCGAGGAGUCCCAGAAGCAGGCGGUGGUGAGCUUCUCCCGUGAAUGGGAGCCCUUUGGCUGGACGAAACAACUCGGGUGAAAGUGAAAGAUCUCUCGUGCUUUUCUAGUCACAUUCUGGCGAGGAUAAUGUUAUAGUCAUAUACAACGGGAGGAUUCGGCAGCUGUACGU